AUGGUUGGAUCCAUAAGUGGCAGCAGCAUGAGCCAUGGCAGUUGCAGUCACACACGUAGCGCGGAGAUGGUGCGGUCGCGUGAGUUGAACGCAAGUGGUCGCACACGCCGCGCCUGUCCAAGUGCUCCGCAGCUUCGCCGUUGGGGGCAAGCUCCUUUCAGCGUAGACACGCCGAUUGCCAAUCAAAACGUUUCACUCCAUGCAUCGGCAUCUGAUGCAUCUGCGCGGUGCCCCUCUUCUCCCAACACCACCUCCAUGUCUCCACUCGUCCGCGGUGAUGCCAUGCGCCGCCCCAGGGCUGCCGUCGUGCGUGCACCCGCGUCAGAGGGGCCACUCGAAGGUCGAAGUUUCACUAAUCUCCCGGCAUCGCAACCAGAGUCGUUUGGGCCCACUUCACACACCGUCGACGACGCACAUUUGGUGAACAAUAAGAGCGCGGGCACGGGGGAGCUGUCGUGCGACGCGGUGACCCAUGCUCAGCACUUGGCUUCUGCGUCUCCCGUUGCGCAGAUGCCGGCGGAGGCGUUGCCUGGGGCCGCCACGGUGCCAGUCGAAGCAGAAGCGAGGACAUACCACGUGAGUGAGCCUGAGGCGGUGGGGCGUGGAGAUGACGAGUCGACUCGCACACAUAUACGGGAGCCUUGGAUGCCUUCGUCCACCCUCCGAUCCCCAGCAGCAGCGGUACCGCUGCAGCCAGUCGCCCCACCCCCACCAACCCCCCUCCCCGUCGCUUCCCGCUCUUCUGCGCCAUCACCUUCAGCACUAGUGCUCCUGCCGCAGCACCCGCGUGAAGGCAGCAACGCUGCUUCCCGAGAGCCGCCAUCGUCGUCGUCGUCAUCACAGUCACGCCUGCGGCAAGUGGCUCAGGCUACACCAGUGCGAGGCCACAGUGGGAGCCAGGUUGCUGAGGUCGUCCAAGACACCAGCGACCGUUCUCCGCCGAUAGUGGUAUGUACAUCAUCCGGCACCCCAUCGGCGCUCAUCGCGUCAGUGUCUACCGUCGCCGCAGAAGAGGGCGGCCGACAAAUAUGCGAGGGGGGUGCACGCAGGGCGGCAUCUACGUCCGGUGACGUUGUGGGAGAAAGGGAUGGCGACCUCCCAACGGUGCAAUCCAACGCUCCUCUCCCGACCCGAGAGUUGCUAGACUGCACCAACGACGGCCGCCUCGUCACCACGGUGGCCGACGUGAGCGCUGUAUCGCCCACAACACGCGACAAGCGGCGGCGCAGGCUCGCAGAUGCGCAGCAGUCGCGUGCCUCAGUGUUCUCUUCCUCUCUGCCCUCAUCGCCUAUCGUGAGCAGCUCUUGCAGCAUCGCGCGUAUUCUGCAGCUGCAGGCACAGGAGGGCUGGAAGGACGGGCUGCGUGCUGCUCUUCAGCAAGACGCGGAGGUGUGGGUGCGGCAAGUGUGCGAGGAGCAGCAACUCCUGCGAGCGCAGCUGAGCGUAACGCAGGCCAGAGCAGCAGCGCUGGCCAAAGGGUUGCAGGAGCUUCGUGAUUGUGGAUCGUCUUCGGCGUCUGCUCUCCAGUCUCAGUCACAACCUGCCGAUACCGCGGGCGUGGCGGUUUGCGGAGCUGCAGAGGAGAGCUGCCAGGAGCGCACCGCUGCGGAGCGACCGUGUAAUGAUGAGGGAAGCGGUAAAGCAUGCCUUUCUCAUCUAGAAGAGGCGAGCCCGGAGCGGCCUGCGGCACAGGAGGGCGGCGGCAGAGGUGCGUACACGAGUUCUGCUGCUGAUGGCGACACUGCUGCCGCGUUUUGCACCGCCUACACGCAUGAGCUGGAGGCUUAUGCUCAUCUUCUGGAGCAGCACACGCACGCGCUGCACGCAGAAAAGUACCAGCUACAGCUGCGGCUUGACCGUCGAACCAGUCAGCUCGCCUCGUCCCAGCAGCGCUACCUGCAGCGCUACACCAGACUUCUGCAGGAACAGUCAGUGUUAGAGCGCGACUGUCGCAAAGCCACGGAGGACGUGGAGCAGUUAGUGGGAAUGUUGGUGGUGGCUCGCGCCGCCGAACGCGCUGCCAUGCGAAGGGUGCAGGAGAUUGAAUCGGCACUGGGGGAGUCAGAGCUGCGCGCCGAGGCGCUAGCGGCCGCACUGCACCCGCAGGCGAAGGAGAACGGCGGUGGUGACAUCGAGGGGGGCACCGGCAGCGUCAAUCUCAUCUCCGACUCUAUUGCUGUUGGGUCGAAUGGCAGCGAGAGCCUGCGCUGCCCGUCCGGCUACGCCUCCGCUCUACCACCAAGCAGCGCCUUUGCGUCGUUCACAGAGCACAACGAGACAGACAGGAGUAUUAUGCUAAUCGAUGCGCUCGCUGCGGCGUCUGGCAGGCCUUCGGUGGAGCGUCCCCGAGUGCUGGCAUGGCGCUCCAUGAGCGCGUCCUCCUCCAUGUACCCGCCUUUGUCGCCAAGCGCGUCGUCGCUAACUGCGGAGUCGACUUCGUGGACGCCUGUGCGGGCUCAGACAACUGCUGUCGGACGUGAGUGGGGUGGCGAAGCCGAGCCCCCGUGGGUCCUCAGCGCCUAUUCAUUUCACGCCGUGCCACUGUCUGCAGAGCCGUCCCCCAUGCGCACAGCAGCAGAUGUGGAGAGAAGUGGUGCAGUGGGCGGCUGUUCUCCGGAGGUCUGUGUUGCUGCGAGGUUGGCAAUGCGUGAGGCGGGCAUACCUUCUCUGCCGCAACGCGCCCCCUCGCAGGCCGCGACCGCCCCUCCCGCGCUCACGUCUUUGCUCAUUGCAGACGCGAUAGCGAGUGCAGGCACGGCGACCGUGGCCUCGUGCAGGCCAGCGUCUUCACAGAAACUCAGUUGUGAAGACGACAGUGACGGCGUCUCUGGCGUUACGGCGCUGACAGUGGCACCUGUAUCCGUGGAGCACGCGGGGGUGCAAAAGACUUCCAUCAGCGCAUCGACGAACCUGACGAGCGCCAACACUUGCGUUUGCACCCCACUCAUCUCUACCAUCACGACAGCGCUGACGCCGCGUACGCUGGCGCGCCAGCGCCGCCAUGUCCAGAACCAAAUUAGGGAACUCUGUGGCGGCGCGGCGGAGGGAGGGGACCACAGCACUGUCGACGAGCAUCAGCUGCUGCAGCUCCGCUGUACGCUGCUCGAGCUGGAGUUACAGGCGAAGGAGACAGCGCACAAGGCGGAGAAGGAGGCGUGGGAGGCAGCGGUUCAUAACGCGGAGGGCAUCGCAGGUGCCAUGGGCGAGGUCGAGGCCCGUGUAAAGCAGGCCGUCGCCGCCUCGGAGAAGGCCGAGUACCUCUUGCAUGAAAUGAGCCGACUAUGGAGCCAUUCCCUUGCUCUAGACGAGGACGACAUCAGUGACGAUGGUGGCGAGGCAGCAGCGAGUGCAACGAGGCUCGACGUGAUGGACGAGGAGCAGAUCUUUUACCCCCGGCGCUCUCGCGACGAGACCCCGCUGUACUGA